AUAAUUUAUAAUUUAAAAUUUUUUUUAAUCACUGAAAAAGAUAAUAACAGUGAUUUUUAUUUAAAUGAGUGGUGUGAAUUUGAAAACAAAUUGAAAGAAGGUCGAUAUCCGCUUUUUCCAUCAACAUGAAUUCUCAAUGUCAUCUUUUUGUUUCACAAUGAGCAAGAAUCUAAAAAAAGAAUCCAUUCUUCACGGAUUUUGUUUGCACAAGAGUAAAUACCGUCAUCCGGAGUUACUUAUAAGCUGACAGGAUAACGUUAGCAAUUUUCUAAAUAAUUUUAACACGCUAAUUUUAGAAACACUAUUUCGUGUUUUGAUUGUAAACUUUCAUACCAAUGUCAAUGUUCCUUGUUCAUAUUGUUUCUUGCUUUAGUGGAGCUUUGGAUCACACAUUUCAAAGCUGUUUGUACUUUUAAGGUUAUUCGUUCAAAAGAAAAUGAAUUCCACACUACAAAUCAACUCCUGGUUCCUUUUUCAAAAUAAUUCACUGGAGAACAAAACAUUGGACACACACCAAGGUCAAGAUAAGUCUGUGGAUCAAGAUAUGGAAAGAAAUAUGAGAAUCGCACAAGCAUUUUUCAUCAUCAUUGCCUUUCUCGGAAUAUUUGAAAACUCUAUAUCUAUUCUGGCCUUGAGAAAAUCAAAAGAACUUCGAAGUCCAACGACAGCAUUCAUCGUAAAUCUAUGCAUUGCUGAUUUGAUUUAUUGUCUCUUAACGCCAAUCACCUACUUCAGGCCUGAGUUGAACCAAAACAACACUCUUUGUCGUUGGAACACAAUGGCGAAAUAUUUCGUUAGUGCAGAAUCGGUAAAUUUAAUGGUAGCAAUCACCAUUAAUAGGUUCAUUUGUGUAGUUUACCCAAAAUAUUAUCGAUUGCUGUAUAGUUUGAAAUACCUAGCUAUUCAAAUAGCCUUAACGUGGGCAUAUUCCUUAACUCUGUCCCUUCUUCCAUUUUUUGAAGGGCUUGGAAGAUAUGGUUAUGAGCCUAAAAUUGGGUUAUGCACCAUUCUGGGACCCAGCGCCAAAACAUUUAAUUAUAUAUUUGUCAUAUCAGCAUUUGGAUUUCCAACUCUAGCUUUCAUAAUUUGCUAUCCAAUAAUUUUUUUGGUUGCCCAUAAUGCUUCUAACCGCGUGAAACAGUUCAAUCUUUCAACAACCCCAGCGAUGCUAAACGCAACUUCAGAGGAAGGUAGAGGAAAAAACACAUCCUCCCACCUAGAUGAUAAAGAAAUGAAGCUUCUGAAAGUGAUGCUGGUCAUUCUUGUGUCGUUUAUAAUUUGUUAUUUACCAAUUACAUAUAUUACAAUGACUGGAAAACCCGCUCCUGCUUUUAUACUUAUCGCUCGCUUUGGUAUCAAUCUCUCAAAUGUCAUAAAUCCUAUCAUAUAUAUUGCAAUGAGUGCUGAAUUUAGGAAGGCAUAUUUAGAGUUAUUCCAGUGUACCAAGAUAUGGUCUCCAUCGUCAACAUCAGCAAAUACUGAAUCAGCCAGAGUCUGAACAGUUGAAAAAUAAAAAAAUUUAUGUGCCUCAAUUUUGAAAAUGUAAUCCAGUUGGUAAAAAUACUUGAGGGUGCUCCUUGGCGAUUUAUGUUUUACGCCAUUCCUGUUUGCGCGGAACACCGUGGCAACAGGAAUGGCGGCCAAAACAUAAUGAUAUUUCAAUAAAACAUUGGAAAAUUUCAACAAAACAUCGACCGAAACUUUACAAAAUUGCAAUGAACCCAAUGUAAGGAAAAUUAAUAACCCCAAUAAAGUGCCUUUUGAAUCAAAACAAAAAUUUACGAAGUAAGCACAGAAAGAGAAGGAAAAAAAACACAACUCACCUCUUCAUUAAGCUUGAAUAUCCUCUGAUUUAGGUGCGCAGAAUUCUCUAAGAGCAGUUAGAUACUGCCUAAAUUUGUCAUGAAUAGAAUCUGUGUACCUUCAUCGUCACAUAAAUUCGGCCAAAUACGAAUCAAAAAUGGCGUUUGUGGUACUGGACUGGCGGGGACAUUUUUUUCUAAAGUCCCAUUUUCUGACUGCCCACAUACCUUCGAUCUUAUUGACCACAAGCAAAAGUAACCUUACUAGCCGGUAUCUAACGUAGAACUAAUGGACCUCUGAAAAUACAUAUACCGUUGAACAUUUUCAAAUAACGCUAAAAUCUAAACCAAUCAGAAUCACGAAUGGGUUUCUACAUCGCCCAGCUUGGCGUCUUGGCUAUCAACCGCGAUCACAACUUGACGAGAACCAAGGGGCACACUCAAAUAUAGUCUACCCAUCCAGCUCUUUGUAAAUAGUUUAGUACUUUAAUUGUAUAUAAAUAUCUUUUUUGGUGUUCUUAUUUUACACUGAAGGUGAAUAUAUGAGGCUAUGAAGAUAUGAGGAACACAUGAGUAGCUGUAUUUUUUUUUAGAUGGAUGCAAUGUACAUUAUUGAAAAAUACAGAAAAUGAGCUAUCUCAGAUCACAGAAGUCCAUUUCAAAAACCGUUUUUCUAGGUUUAAUUACUAUCAAAAACUAGUAAAUAAAAAAUUGUGUGAUUUAAGUAGAAAAAAUAUGUAUAAAUCAUCACAAAACUAGAGAAAAAGCUUUCCCAAUUAUGGCAGUUAAAUAAGAAAGUUUUUUCACUUACGUCAAUGUAUGUGAAGCUCAUAUUAAUGAGUUUGGGUCCUUUUUCAACAAAAACAUAACAAAUUUUGUUUUAGACAAAAUGCGAAUUUAUUUAAGCAGUUGCAGUCAUAAUUUAUUGGUACUUGCCAGUAAGUGGCAGCCGAGAGCUGCCCGUAUGACCGUAGAAGGGUUAUAUGGCAGCUUUUGUGUCAUAUGCAGCAUAUUUGUCAAAUAAAGAGCAAAAUUAAAGAUUGAUAUUAUAAUUUGGUGAUUAAACUGAUAAAAAAGCCAUUAAAACUUCCACCUUUAUUUACGAAAACAAAAAAAAAAACAAAAAAUGAAGCGUAAGCAAUAAAACUUAAUUUUUAAAUUAUCCAUUUACAGAAUGCGUUUUGCAUCUUUUUGUUUUUGGAAAUGUUUUGUUUAAAUUUUCUCGCACCUAAGAAUCCAAGCUUGUUGUAUUGAUAGAAAACCCAAGAAAACUUCUAAUUGAUUCUAUGAAAAUUUGCUCCUGUACCUUUCAUUUCGUACUUUUUGUGGUGUGGUCAAAAAUCCUCUUCCUAUAUCAUAAAAAUAUUACAAAUCACAGAAACCAACAUUGUUUUGCGAGAACCAAGUGGAGAAAUAUGAAACUUCAGAAUUAAGCUCCAGCAUUCAUGUUAGAUACACUACUAUACCCUUAAAAUAAGUACAAAUUUAUUGUUUUUGUACAAAAGAGUUUUGUUUCUUGUCUAUUGUUCCUUUUUCUUACUGUGCAACGGAUGCCUUCCUGUUGUACAAAAACAAAUAUUUUUGUUGAAAUUUAUUUAGGAAUGUAAAUUUUACUAUACUGUAACUGAAAUUUCGAAGCAAAUAAAGUAUAAAUAACUAAAAAAA